GCUUGUGGCCCUGGUGUGCUGGCUGGCACCGGUAGUUAACCUAGAAUGUGAAGAAUUGUAGCUAGUCUGUAAAAAUACAAGCCUUAACCUGGUGAGGAAGGAGAAGCGGCGCAGGACUAUGGACCCGGUGAACAAUGCUGAGACAGGAGAUACAGAAACCGAACUGGAGCCGGUCUAUGUUCUUAUUCCGAAGGAAACGAGGUGCAAGAAGAAGGAGCAGGAAAAGCUGUCCGGAGUCGUCAAGAAUGUCCAUAGAAAACUGCGAAGAAAAUAUCGAGAAGUGGGGGAUUUUGAGAAGAUCUGGCGAGAGCACUGUGAGGAUGAGCAGACUCUGAGUGAAUACGCCCUUGCCAUGAAGAACCUGGCCGAUAACCACUGGGCCAAGACCUGUGAGGGAGAGGGCCGCAUCGAGUGGUGUCGCAGUGUUUGUCAGGAGUAUUUCCUGGAUGGUGGGAUGAAAAGAAUGUUGAAGAAGGAUGAGAAGAGUGCCAGGCUUGCCAUGGCCGCCUCAGCUGCAACUCUGAGUGCCCAGCCUUAUAGCUCCUUCAUCCCCAGGUCCAUCUCCCAGCUUGGUAAAAUGCGCCUGCUGGAUGUUGGCAGCUGUUUUAACCCGUUCCUGAAGUUUGACGAGUUCCUCACAGUCGGUAUUGACAUAGUGCCUGCGGUCGAGAGUGUAUACAAGUGUGACUUCCUUAACCUCCAGCUCCAGCAGCCCCUGCAGCUGGCUGGUGACGCAGUGGAAGCCUUCCUGAGACAGCUGUGUAGCCCCAUCGACGCGCUGCCCGCCCAACUCUUCAACGUGGUGGUCUUCUCACUGCUCCUCUCCUACUUCCCCUCGCCUUACCAGCGCUGGAUCUGCUGCAAGAAGGCCCACGAGCUGCUUGAACUGCAUGGCCUGCUGCUCAUCAUCACCCCCGACUCCUCCCACCAGAACCGCCACGCCCUCAUGAUGCGCAGCUGGCGCGUGGCGGUGGAGUCACUGGGCUUCAGGCGCUGCAAGUACAUCAAGUUCUCCCACAUGCACCUCAUAGCCUUCCGCAAGGUGUCCCUGACCACCACCAGUGACCUGGUCAGCGGUAACUACCCCGAGAUGCUCUACAUCCCUCAGGACUUCCAAUCCCACGAGGAGGAGGACUACACAGACGUGCUGGUUCAGGCCCACUCCGUCUUCGAGGACGAACAGCUGGCGUGGGGCUUCACGGAGCUGCCAGACACGCCCUACGACUCGGAUUCAGGAGAGAGUCAGAGCAGUUCCUUGCCCUUCCUACACGAGCUGGAGGACCCCAUACUGCUGCAGAGCUGAGCUAGACGAGCUAAAACCCUACUAGCUACUCUCUCUAAGUCCUUAUUCAAUCCCUAAGGCUCCCCUUGGCCCUAACCUUUCAAUGUUUGCAGAUCUGAAAGGAGGAAAGCAAUAUUGUUGUAGCUUUGCCACUGCACUGCUUAUACCUAACCAGAGCCUUCAGACAUGCAACAUGGGAGGGGCAAGUGGGAGGGAUGGGGAGCAAUUUGAGACCGGCUGUCUCUGUCCCCAACUGCUGCGCUGCCAAAUGAACCUGCUGCAUUCUUCUCACACUCUUCUUUUCCCUUAACUUAACAACGCAGUUUGCACAGAGUGAAAGAAAAAUAAGUUUACAGAAGUGAGUUGUUUAUUAUUCGAUAUCUUACAUGGUUAGUCUCUCAACACAACUACACACACACACACACACACACACACACACACACACACACACACACACACACACACACACACACACACACACACACAUACACACACACACACACACACAAAAUAAAUUAGUUUUUUAAAAUGAAGACACGGUAGCUGAAUGCUCUCAGGAUAGAUGCAGUUAGCCUGCCCCUUGCAUUUCAUCCCAUCUUUGUGAUCUGUCACGCUCUACUAACAGAAGACAGUCAAUCUUUCAAAGGCUUUGUUUUAGUAGUUAAACCGUGAAUGUGCUUCAGUGCCAGCAAGCCGCUGACUUUAAAUCCCUCUUAAAGAGACCGAUACCACAGAGGUUUGUCAGGUUUGGUUAGUGGAAAGAUUGAGAUGGAAAGAGGGGUAUGCUUGCUAUUGUAAAUCAGGCGAGGCUUUCUCUAAUUCUUGGCGUGUAUUUAGUUUUCCAAAAUAUAAAGAAAAAAUAAAACAUUGUCGUACUCAGCAAACUAUGUAAUUUUGUUCACUUUUGAACACUGGUUUUGUCCAACACGAUGUGUGGCAACGCCAUUUUAUUUCAGCCUCUUUUUCACUGAUUCAUAACAAUUAAAGUGAUAUUUGUAGCAUUUUCAGAACCUUAAUGUAUGUAGUUACUUUGUCUAGUUAAAUAAAGGUAAAAAAAAAAAAAAAAAAUACUACAAAAAACAACUUUUCCUAAUGUGAAACUGUUGUUUUUUUUUCAUAGUGUACCAAGGUACGAGUGUUGCAAAAUAGUCAUUGCUCUAUUUUCUCUGCUGGUGUGAAGAAACUGCUAUGUAAAUAUGCACAGAUGUUAGCUUACCUUCAAUGUUCAAUACAACCUUAUUUGUAAAAAAAAAUACUUUUGAGGAACAAUAUUUAGGCUUCAUUAUCUGAUCAAUAAUAGGUCUGUAGUGAUGUCUUGGCUUCUUUAUAGGUAACUGUUGGCUUCUCUAUAGGUACUGGUAACUAGACAAAUUAUACUGACCACACUAUGUCCACUGAAGUGAAACAUAUCGACUAAGACACCAGCUUUAGCUGUCAGUUACUGUUUUCCUUUAAAGUACUUCAUAUCUGAGGAGAGCAACAUUGGCCGUAGGAAGAAUUUCUGAAUUCAGAAUGGGUUUUUUCUUCAAUAUUUGCUUUUCAUUCAUAGGUUGGUAGGAUAAGUAUAGUAUCAACAAAUACUGAGUCAUUCAUUGCAUCAGUAAGUUAAUUUGACUAUCCCUUUUUCUAUGUAUUUUCAUCCACAACAUGAAAGUACUUAGUGUGUACUCUGCUUAAGAAAAUGUAUUAUCUCAAAACAGUUGUGAAAAUGGUCUUAUGAACUCUAAUAGAAUUCCAAAAGAUUCGCCUCAAUGAGGUUUUGCACUAAUACCACACGGUCUCGUCAUGUAAUCUCUGAUCUCAUCAAAGUGCAUUUUAGCAAUAGCCAGCUUUAUCCUGUACUGUAUCCUUAUGGGGAAGGUUUCUGUGUUGUUCUCAAUGACACUAGCACACAACUCAUUUGUUAUAUAUUUGUAAUGAUAUUUCCUUUUUUUGUGUGUGUGUGUGUGGAGAUAUGUAGGUUGAGUGUGCAUGAGUGUUUUGUUGUAAUGUACUUCAUAAAUAGUAGACUAAUCUCUCAGCUGCCAUGAGUCAUGUGAAUCCUGUCAUUUGGAAUAUAGGUUGCGUCCCAAAAUGGCACCCUAUUCCCUAUGGACCUUGGUCAAAAUUAGUCCACUAUGUAGGGAAUAGGGUGCCAUUUGGGACGUGCCCUUAUGAAUAUAACCAGUAUGAUGUACCUGUACCCAAAUGUUCUCACAUCAGUUUACCUGAAAUCCUAAAGGUGCCUUCUUACUUGUUUUUGCAGUCCUGGUUCUCAUGCCCAUAUGUUAGAAAACUCACACUUUUCACUUGGCAGUAUACAAUGGGUUUUCUUUGCCAAAUAAUUGUGUUAUGUGCAACUGUACAAAUGAGCUACCAGCUUCCACUUAAAAGUAUAAUUGGCUCAAUGUUUUACCCUAAGAACAAUGUGUUUUGUUUAAAUGAUGUAAUUUGUCAUUGAUAAUGAUUACAUAUUGCUUUCAACUUGCUAUACAUACGUUGGAACUAGAUAACUUUCUGGUCAGUUAAUGUUUGGUGUACUUUAAACUAUUUAUCUUCAGUAACAGGAAAGACAGACAUUUCUCAUUACAAAUCAUUUGCUUGAGGGUUGUGAAUUGUACCAGUAAGCAAUUAGUGACACACUCAUCUUUCUAUCUGUCUUCCAAGAGUUUGAUUCCAUUACUUUCAUAAACAGCUUCAUUUUCAGUAUUAAGGAUUUUGACAAUUGCAGGACAAUGUGUGCAUGGUUGUUAUUCUAUUUUAUAAAUGAAUGUUAAUGCA